AUGGUGGUCACCGUAGCCGCGCUAAUGCGCCAGCAGCUCGCCGCCCUGGCCCACUCGGGCGGCUCUCACAAGGAUCAGGCCGACAAAUAUCGCACGUACUUGGACACGAUCCUCAAUGCUACCGGCGAGGAACUCACCGAGGCCCUAAAGGUUUUCGUCGAAGCAAUCGUCAACGAGAACGUGAGUUUGGUUAUUUCGCGACAAAUUCUGACAGACGUGAGCAAUCGGCUGCAAAAGCUGCCAGAUGAAAUUUCCAAAGCUGUUUCUCAUUACACACUAGAUAAGGUACAACCUAGAGUAAUUUCAUUCGAAGAACAGGUUGCCAGUAUCAGGCAACAUUUGGCGGAUAUCUAUGAACGUAAUCAGAAUUGGCACGAAGCAGCCAAUGUUCUUGUUGGUAUACCACUCGAAACUGGUCAAAAGCAAUAUACAGUGGACUAUAAACUCGAUACAUAUCUGAAAAUAGCAAGAUUAUACUUGGAGGAUGAUGAUCCAGUUCAAGCUGAAGCUUUUAUCAACAGAGCAUCAUUGUUACAGGCUGAAUCUAAAAAUGAACAGCUUCAAAUUUAUUAUAAAGUUUGCUAUGCCAGAGUAUUAGAUUAUAGAAGAAAGUUCAUAGAAGCAGCUCAAAGAUAUAAUGAGCUGUCGUACAGAUCUAUAAUUCAUGAAGAUGAAAGAAUGACUGCACUCAGAAAUGCUCUCAUCUGCACAGUGCUCGCAUCAGCUGGUCAACAAAGGAGUCGUAUGUUAGCCACAUUAUUCAAAGAUGAACGGUGUCAACAACUUCCAGCUUACUCCAUUUUAGAGAAAAUGUAUUUAGAUAGAAUUAUUCGUCGCUCAGAGCUGGAAGAAUUUGAGGCUCUUCUUCAACCACACCAAAAAGCAUGCACAUCUGAUGGCCUAGGCUCUACUAUUUUGGAUCGAGCUGUCAUUGAACAUAACUUGCUUUCAGCUAGUAAAUUAUACAAUAACAUCACAUUUGAAGAGUUGGGCUCACUUUUAGAAAUACCCCCAACUAAAGCUGAAAAGAUUGCCAGUCAGAUGAUAACAGAAGGAAGAAUGAACGGCUACAUCGAUCAAAUAGAUUCAAUUGUUCACUUUGAAACAAGAGAAAGCUUACCUACUUGGGAUAAACAAAUCCAGUCUCUCUGUUAUCAAGUAAACCAAAUAAUUGAAAAAAUUGCUCAAGCAGAACCUGAUUGGAUAGCAGCACAAACCAUGGAUGAUCAAAUGGUGCAUUAAUAUAAAAUAGAAUCUACGUUUUUAAGUAAUUAAAAAUUACAAUUGUUUGCCUAAAAGAUAAC